UCAAUCGGACAAAGCACAUUGUCCGUUAUAGCUCAACACCCCGAAAAAUUCCAAGUAUUUGCCCUAACUGCUUACCAUCAACUCGAAAAACUAGCGCAAUUAACUCAACAAUUUCGCCCUCACGUCGUCGUGCUUCGCGACCACCAGCAAAUCGACGAUUUUAUUCAAUAUUGUCAAUCUGUUGGCAGAUUCAUUCCUGAAAUUUUGACAGGUGAAGAAGGGUUAAUUAGCUGCGCCACAGAUAAAAAGGUUGAUAUGGUUAUGGCCGCUAUUGUUGGUGCUGCAGGACUUGCACCAACGAUUGCUGCUGCUCGAGCUGGUAAAAAAAUCUUAUUAGCCAACAAAGAAUCUUUAGUCGUUGCUGGUCAAUACUUGAUGGACGCUGUCAAACAUGGGGGAGGACUCCUUAUUCCCGUUGACAGUGAACACAAUGCCAUUUUUCAAAGUUUACCGGAGCAAACCCGUCAGUAUCAUACUGACGAAAUUGAUGAAAUUAUUCUUACUGCAUCUGGGGGGCCUUUCUUAAACACACCUAUUGAGGAAUUUGCGCACAUUACUCCAGAGCAAGCCUGCAAGCACCCCAACUGGUCGAUGGGGCGAAAAAUUUCGGUUGAUUCAGCUACGAUGAUGAAUAAGGGUUUAGAAUUAAUCGAGGCUUUUUGGUUAUUCGCUUGCCCAUUAGAUCGCUUAAAGGUCUUGAUUCACCCCCAAAGCAUUAUUCACUCCAUGGUGAGAUAUUGUGACGGUUCACUGCUAGCCCAAUUGGGAAGUGCUGACAUGAGGAUUCCAAUUGCUUAUGCCAUGGCUUACCCAAAUCGCAUUCCAUCAGGCGCACAAGCACUUGAUUUUACAAAACUUUCAAAACUAACUUUUUUUGAAGCUGAUACAAAACGAUUUCCCUGUUUAGCUUUAGCUUACCAAGCGCUAGCGGCACCUGAUCAUGCACCAACUAUCUUAAAUGCAGCUAACGAAGUUGCUGUAGCCACAUUUUUAGAUAGGCGCAUCGCUUACCAUCAAAUUGCGCCAACCAUUGAAAAAGCACUCAAGCAUUUUUCUGGAUAUGCGGUUACUCAAUUUCAAGACUUACUUGCCCUCGAUGAUGAAGUUAGAGCAUUCACUCAUCAAAUGUUAAGAGAGGUUGCCCGCCUGCUCAAAAUCGGUGUACAGCGUUUUUCCAUUGGUAUGGGGAAGGUCAUUUAUCGCCAUCGAUCAACAAAAACAGGCGUUGAAUGGGUCAUUAGCUUACUACCUUUGGGUGGGUACGUUCUGUUCACGCACGACCCUGCAGUUGCUAUUUCCGACCCAAGAAACGACCCAACCGAACAACUGAUUGGUGAUGAAAAAUCACCUCAAAACCCUCUUAAACCGGGUGAAAAAUAUUUUACUGAUGCCAAACCUUGGGAGCGGAUUUUAGUAGCAUUUGCAGGCCCUUUUGCCAACUUAGUGUUCGCCACCAUUUUAUUCACAGGCGUUGCAUGGACUGAUGGCCAGACCAUCGUUCACAACCAAAUUGCAGCGCCAGCAGUGCAAUCAUGGGCAGCGCAAUUAGGUCUCAAAGCCAAUGAUGCUAUUGCUGAGGGAGUUGCACUUGUCAAGCGUGCCGUAACGCUCAAUGUAGACAACAAUGUUAUCGGUGGCCCCAUCACGAUAGCCAAGGAAAGCGGUAAGGCUGCGCAAUAUGGUUUUGCAGGCUUUGUGGUAUUUUUAGCAAUGUUGAGUGUUUCUCUUGGUUUUAUUAACUUAUUGCCAAUCCCUGUUUUAGAUGGGGGGCAAAUUUUGUUAAAUACUCUGGAAUGGAUACGAGGUAAACCACUGUCAACUAAAAUGACAGAAUGGAUUACUCGAAUUGGGAUGGCGAUGGUUUUGAUGAUCAUGACGUUUGCCAUUAUGAAUGACGUCAGAAUGCUUUUUGAAAAAAAU